UGCAGCAGGUGAGUGGAGAGCCACGAUGGGGAGAAGGGUGGGGCAUUGCGCAUGGACGCUGGCCGUGGCCCUCAUCACCGUUUAUCUUCUCGCUCCCUGUUGGUGACUGCUGGACAGGCUUGGCGCAGCAUUAGAACGUGAGGAAAAGCUGUCAGACCUGUUUUAAGUUCAUUCAGCAAACCUCGUUGGAACGGAUAGAGCUAUUUCACGAAUUUAGUCAGGCGAUAGCCGGAGACACAAUUUUGUCUGGGCGUCGACUGGUCUUAACGCAUCCGAGCAUCCAACCGUUUCAUUGCUAGCGGUCUAGCUAACAUCAGUGAGGUGACAGCCAUAAUCGAGGACGCUGACAACGCGCCGCUAAGAUGUCCGGGUACCAGGGAAAGAAAAAUAUACCACGCAUUACAGUGAGUAUAGUGUUUUAAAUGUUCAUAAUUUUACAAAAUUGUGUGUAAAAUCUAUACAUUCACCAAUGCAUGGCUGAACAAACUAGCAGUAGGGAUUAGACAGACUAUGCUAGCUGUAGCUAUCACGCUGAGGAGGAGGAAGAGGAGGGGUGUCCAUUCAUACCAAUGCAAUGUCACCACUUGCACUGCUAUAAUAAACAAAGGCAGGGUAAUUGGUCAUAAAUGGAACGCCAGUUCAUACGCUCAUGUCAUUGGAAUACUCGUUGGCACGCGCAUUUUAUUGUGUGCAUGCAAUUUUUUUGUCCAUUCCAUAUCCUACCAUGUUAGACGAUUUAGCUUAGCCGACAGGAUCAGGAACAAGAAUGGAUGAUUGGGACAAAUCUUUUAUCUUUUCCAUCCUUAUAUUCAGAUGGAUUCUAAUAUACUUUUAAUGCCGAAUUGGUAAUACUGUAGCUAUAGACUAUGGGUAUACCACAAUAUAAAUUAAAAUGUGAGGAAAAUAGGAAAAUCCCACCAACAAUAAAAUAAAAUUAAAAUAAAUGUAUUCAUUUAUUAAAUACAUAUGUAUUUGUCACAACAUUUAGUCUUAUCAACCCUAGACAGCAAAUGGUUGAUUUGCAAUGAUGACAUUUGGGGAUGGGGGCAUAACAUUAAUAGUUCAAAGGGCAAUUUUUUCUUCUAAAAAGUAGGUCAUUGGAUGAAAGCCAUCCUUGCUGGUUGCUGUAAGCUGUGAAGGCCUAGCUUUUGUCUGUAUGCUGACAUACUUCGUGUACACACAGUAAUGAAAUUUAGGCAUUUAAUGUCUUGAAUCAAAUAACACAAACCACACAUUUGCGUGCGUUAACAGGUAUCUGUUCCUUUUGUUUCUGCCAGGGAAUGAAGCAUGAAGGGGAACUGGGGGGGGGGGGGGGGCUGUCGGAUCUCCCUCACAACUGGAGGAGGCUUAUCUAAGCAUCUCAGGCAUUGCAUACAGUUGGCUCAAUCCCAGCAGCACCCCGGGCCCUCAGAUGACAGCGUGUUGUGGCUUUCAAAGGGGGACAGAGCAAGGCCCAGUUUUCCCAUGAAACCCCAUGGAAAUUAGUAAUAGACCUGCUAUUAUAAUGACCUAGACCAGGGAUGGGCAACUGGCGGCCCGUGCCACCGCCAUGUAGAAUUGCAGGAAAUUAGCUGUAAAAAAAAAAAAGAUCUCCACCCCAUGGCAAAAUGUGUAGCAUUGCAGCAAACGUGCUUUAAAAUGGCAACAUUUUCUCCAUGCCCCAUGGCCAAAUGUGUAUAAUUGCAGGAAAUUAAUUCUAAAAUGUCUUACAAAAUUUAACUUAGGGCCCCCAAAAGGUUAGGGCUGGCUCUAACUGCAUGUGUGGGUAUGUAUGUGGGUAUGCAGACCCGCGAGACACUGCGGCCCCUUAGUUCAGAUUUUUUUGUGGCCCCCAACCCCAUCAAAGUUGUCCACCCCUGACUUAGACCUAUUGACCAAUGUUUGUGGUGUAGCCUAAAUAUAUCCAGGAGAGUGUUUGGUCCAGAAUCAUUUCCGUGUCACAAAGAUUACCCAUCUAUCUAUCACAAAGAUUAGCCCAUCCAGUUCAGCAUUUUACUGGGCUGGGCUCACUGUAAACGAGGCAGGAGGAUGCCUUUUAAGUGACGAUAUGGAUUUUCAUUACCUAACUAGUCAUAAUGCAUUAGUGUGGCCUGUUAUAAAUGCCAUUCAGUGCAAAAGUUGCAUUUCAUUUCCCUUUCACUUCAUCACUGUCAAGCAUUUGCACAGCAUGGAGUUGCUCCGAUUUUCCACAAAUAUAGCAUAGCCUUAUUGUUAACAUCUUGUCUAUUAAAUAAAUAAAUGAUAUGCUUGCCCUUGAGGCUGUCCGUCUCAGAGAUACUGUAUGUAUAGAAAUAGGCCUAGUUCAUUUAACCUCCACUGGUGCUUUUAGGUGGGACAGAGACUCAUGAAGUCAUUCUGUUUGUGAGGUAUUUAUAAAGAGAUGCAGUGGCAAGACAUCAAACGCACCAAAACACAGUAAGUCAGUGUUUUGCAUAGUAGCGUAAAUGUCAUUACAUAACACAUUACCGAUUUAUGUUCUGUACUCAAUGUUUCCAUCUUGUAAAUACCCAGUGGAAUCAACCACUAUAAUGAAUGGUUGCAUUGAUUGCAUCCUUGUUUUAUUUGCUGAUUACAUCUUAUUUCCUAAUAGGCCUAUAAUAAAGAUAUGACUAUGGAUGUUGAACAGAUGAAGAUAAGUAAGACAAGAUCACUCAUGAUUUAUUAAAGACAUAUGAAAGAGAAUAUUGGAACCAAUUUGCCUUAUUCCCUGCACUCAGGCCUGUUAUUUUCAUUUUUCUGGUUGAGUGCAGAAAUGUAGUCUAAUCUGAAGUCAAUUGACCCAUUUGAAGAUAAUAGUCUGUUAGAUCAUGCUGGAAGAAUGCAGUUUUGUGAGGCCUGUUCAGUGGUAGGCUAUAGGUCACUGUCUGAAUGUGAAAGCACUCAGGUCAGUGUGCUAGCAAGGGGAUACUAACAUCCUACAUCUUGUGGACUGCUGUGCGGUCUGGAGAGAGGAGAGAGCCUCUAUCGGCCUUAUUAUUCCCACACUCCCUGAGGAAGGCCUGAUGAGAAGUAGGCCAGCCCGAGCCUACAAUAGAAUGCUCUCCUCAGAUGGAAAUGGGAUUAUUUGUUCUACUCUUACAGUGAGGGAAAAAAGUAUUUGAUCCCCUGCUGAUUUUGUACGUUUGCCCACUGACAAAGACAUGAUCAGUCUAUAAUUUUAAUGGUAGGUUUAUUUGAACAGUGAGAGACAGAAUAACAACAAAAAAAUCCAGAAAAACGCAUGUCAAAAAUGUUAUAAAUUGAUUUGCAUUUUAAUGAGGGAAACAAGUAUUUGACCCCUCUGCAAAACAUGACUUAGUGGCAAAACCCUUUGUUGUCUUGACUGUGUGUUUUGGGUCAUUGUCAUGCUGGAAUACCCAUCCACGGCCCAUUUUCAAUGCCCUGGCUGAGGGAAGGAGGUUCUCGCCCAAGAUUUGACGGUACAUGGCCCCAUCCAUCGUCCCUUUGAUGCAGUGAAGUUGUCCUGUCCCCUUAGCAGAAAAACACCCCCAAAGCAUAAUGUUUCCACCUCCAUGUUUGACGGUGGUGAUGGUGUUCUUGGGGUCAUAGGCAGCAUUCCUCCUCCUCCAAACACGGCGAGUUGAGUUGAUGCCAAAGAGCUCGAUUUUGGUCUCAUCUGACCACAGCACUUUCACCCAGUUCUCCUCUGAAUCAUUCAGAUGUUCAUUGGCAAACUUCAGACGGGCCUGUAUACAGUGGGGAGAACAAGUAUUUGAUACACUGCCGAUUUUGCAGGUUUUCCUACUUACAAAGCAUGUAGAGGUCUGUAAUUUGUAUCAUAGGUACACUUCAACUGUGUCAAAAAUCCAGAAAAUCACAUUGUAUGAUUUUUAAGUAAUUAAAGUUUUUAGUAAUUUUAAGUAAUUAAAUUUUUAAGCCCAUUCCAGCCUUGAUUCGUACUAUUAGGAACACCUUCCUAAUAUUGAGUUGCAACCCCCCCCCCCCCCCCCAUUCCCCCUUUUGCCCUCAGAACAGCCUCAAUUCGUCGAGGCAUGGACUCUGCAGGGUGUCGAAAGCAUUCCACAGGGAUGCUUGCCCAUGUUGUCUCUAAUGCUUCCCACAGUUUUGUCAAGUUGGCUGGAUGUCCUUUGGGUGAUGGACUAUUCUUGAUACACACGGGAAACUGUUGAGUGUGAAACACCCAGCAGCGUUGCAGUUCUUGACACAAACCAGUGGCACCUUGUUCAAAAGGCACUUAAAUCUGUUGUCUUGCCCAUUCAGCCUAUUAAUGGCACACAUACACAAUCCAUGUCAAAAUUGUCUCAAGGCUUAGAAAUCCUUCUUUAACCUGUCUCAUCCCCUUCAUCUACACUGAUUGGAUUCACCUGGUCAGUCUAUGUCAUGGAACAGGUGUUCUUAAUGUUUUGUAUACUCAGUGUAGAGACAUUCUGAAUAGGUGUUGGAAUUCCCCUUAACUGCAUCACUGGUUUGACAGAGAAAGAAACAGCUCUUGUUGGAUAGAGUUGGUUAAGAAGAUCUUUGCAGAAAGAUCCCAAAAAUAAAGAAAAAUGUGGCCAUAAGCAUGUGUCCUUUUGUUUGAAUUUUUCCAUUUAGAUAAAACAUACUUACAUUUUUGAAUACCAUUGGGUGUUACUUUGUUUCUGAUUUAGCUCUGCUUAUGCAUUGUUGUUUGGUGUUUCUUGGCAGACAAGACAAUGGCCAUGUCUUGGCCAAGCCCUAGUGUGUUUUAUACAGGAAUGUGUACUAAGGACUCUAUCCUUGUGUGGAGUAUGGAGCUUUUUAGUCCCUUAUGGUAUGCCUCUGAUGUGCUUCUAUUCAGUUAGGUUCUGUUGAAGCUCUCCUGGAUGGAUGGAUGUGCUGGGGUUGAGUAUUGGCUAGGUUACCUUUCAUGCCAAAUUUGUUCAAUAUGAAAUAUGCUUUUUAAAUCUAUCAACAAUGGGUUGUGGUGCUUACUGCUAUUAGCACAAUGAAGUCACAUAAAUUAAAUUCUGUCUCUUCUCACAGAGUGAUCGUCUCCUUAUCAAAUGUGGGAAGAUUACGAAUGAUGACCAGUCUUUCCUUGCUGACAUCUAUAUGGAGGAUGGAGUCAUCAAGUAAGUCUUAUUAGUUAGAGCGCCAUUGUUCUCUAUUGUUGGCACUUUUGUUGGCUAUAUAUAUUUUAAAAAUCAGAGUAUAUUUUUUGUAAUGCCUUUGAUAAUUUCUGGUGUCUCCCUCUCCCUCUCUUAAUACAUUUAUUCUCCUCUCAGGCAAAUUGGAGAGAACCUGAUAGUUCCUGGUGGGGUGAAGAUCAUUGAUGCCCAUGGACGCAUGGUGAUGCCCGGGGGCAUAGAUGUGCACACACGCUUCCAGAUGCCAGACAGGGGCAUGGUGUCAGCAGAUGACUUCUACCAGGGCACCCGUGCUGCUCUGGCUGGGGGAACCACCAUGAUCAGUAUGUACUAAUGAAAUGCUUCAUCCCCAAUGAUCCACUUUACAGAAACCCCUAGAUUCUGACAUACUGAUACCAGCCGACACGUUUGUGACUAAUUUACCCUUUGCAGAUGUUCAUGUUGUCUCAUGGUUUUGAAUAUUAUGUCUGGCCUCUGUAAAACGCGAUAAUGUUACUGCUAGGGUGGUUUCAAUGACAAUGGUGUGUGUGUGUGUAGUUGAUCAUGUGGUUCCGGAACCUGGUGUGAGCCUGGUGGCAGCGUUCAACCAGUGGAGGGAAUGGGCCGACAGCAAGUCCUGCUGUGACUACACCCUGCAUGUGGACAUCACUAACUGGCACAAGGGCAUGCAGGAGGAGAUGGAGAGCCUGGUGAAGGACCACGGUACGCAACUAACACAAUUGCACAAACCAUUGUCACCCAUUCACUCAUGUCAGUUGGGGUGGGGGAGCUAUGACUUCUACUAAGACUCUCCUUAUGGUCUAUUUCCUCCCUGUGACUGUCCUUUCCUCUCCCUUUGCUAUCCCUUGGUCUAUUUCUACUAUUGCUCAUAAGUUUUCUAUCUUUAGGUGUCAACUCUUUCCUGGUCUAUUUGGCUUAUAAGGAUGUUUUCCAACUUUCCGACUCCCAGGUACGAUUUGAAGCAUUUCAGAUUGGUAUGAUUUACUGGCGACGGAUGGAGGAGUCAACAUUUGUGGAGGCUUGUGCAUGCCUUUGAAGUCAUGAUUGCAUUGCACUUUGCAUAAAUGCAUUGCAUGACAGAAUUAUAUUCUGUAUUAUCUUGCUUGGUAACACUUUACUUGGACACCCAGCGUCAUAACCAUGACAUAAUAUGUCAUAACCUGUUAUAAAAUAUGGUCAGAAACACUGUCAUGACACAUUUAUUUAGACCUGUUGUGACAUAUAUUGUGUUAUUUUAUGGCUGGUUAUGACACCCUAAAUAAGAGUUUCCAAACCCACAAAACCUUCCACACAAGGCAAAACAUUCCAUUACACCAUAGCCUACGUGUCAACAGUAUGUUUAUGUUAUAUAUAUAUUUUUGAAAUGUACCAUUUAAAAUUAUCAUUGUAAUUGCGCACACAUUGAUGUCAGACAUGCACCUACCCCAAUGCUCUGUUUUUUUAAAUUGUAUUAUUAUUUUUGGUCAUUUUUAUUUAUUUUUAUUGGGAGUAGAUCAGCUUUAAUAUUGCAGAUAGACUGUAACUUCCAUCAAUGUAAUUGUCUGUAUGACUUCCAAUCCCACAUAUGUUUUUCCCUUGCAUAUAUAUAUAUAUAUAUAUAUAUAUAUAUAUAUAUAUAUAUAUACACUGCUAAAAAAAAUAAAGGGAACACUAAAAUAAAACAUCCUAGAUCUGAAUGAAUGAAAUAAUCUUAAGUACUUUUUUCUUUACAUAGUUGAAUGUGCUGACAACAAAAUCACACAAAAAUUAUCAAUGGAAAUCAAAUUUAUCAACACAUGGAGGUCUGGAUUUGGAGUCACCCUCAAAAUUAAAGUGGAAAACCACACUACAGGCUGAUCCAACUUUGAUGUAAUGUCCUUAAAACAAGUCAAAAUGAGGCUCAGUAGUGUGUGUGGCCUCCACGUGCCUGUAUGACCUCCCUACAACGCCUGGGCAUGCUCCUGAUGAGGUGGCGGAUGGUCUCCUGAGGGAUCUCCUCCCAGACCUGGACUAAAGCAUCCGCCAACUGGACAGUCUGUGGUGCAACGUGGCGUUGGUGGAUGGAGCGAGACAUGAUGUCCCAGAUUUGCUCAAUUGGAUUCAGGUCUGGGGAACGGGCGGGCCAGUCCAUAGCAUCAAUGCCUUCCUCUUGCAGGAACUGCUGACACACUCCAGCCACAUGAGGUCUAGCAUUGUCUUGCAUUAGGAGGAACCCAGGGCCAACCGCACCAGCAUAUGGUCUCACAAGGGGUCUGAGGAUCUCAUCUCGGUACCUAAUGGCAGUCAGGCUACCUCUGGCGAGCACAUGGAGGGCUGUGCGGCCCCCCAAAGAAAUGCCACCUCACACCAUGACUGACCCACCGCCAAACCGGUCAUGCUGGAGGAUGUUGCAGGCAGCAGAACGUUCUCCAUGGCGUCUCCAGACUCUGUCACGUCUGUCACAUGUGCUCAGUGUGAACCUGCUUUCAUCUGUGAAGAGCACAGGGCGCCAGUGGCGAAUUUGCCAAUCUUGGUGUUCUCUGGCAAAUGCCAAACGCCCUGCACGGUGUUGGGCUGUAAGCACAACCCCCACCUGUGGAUGUCGGGCCCUCAUACCACCCUCAUGGAGUCUGUUUCUGACCGUUUGAGCAGACACAUGCACAUUUGUGGCCUGCUGGAGGUCAUUUUGCAGGGCUCUGGCAGUGCUCCUCCUGCUCCUACUUGCACAAAGGCGGAGGUAGCAGUCCUGCUGCUGGGUUGUUGCCCUCCUACGGUCCUCCUCCACGUCUCCUGAUGUACUGGCCUGUCUCCUGGUAGCGCCUCCAUGCUCUGGACACUACGCUGACAGACACAGCAAACCUUCUUGCCACAGCUCGCAUUGAUGUGCCAUCCUGGAUGAGCUGCACUACCUGAGCCACUAGUGUGGGUUGUAGACUCCGUCUCAUGCUACCACUAGAGUGAAAGCACCGCCAGCAUUCAAAAGUGACCAAAACAUCAGCCAGGAAGCAUAGGAACUGAGAAGUGGUCUGUUGUCACCACCUGCAAAACCAGUCCUUUAUUGGGGGGUGUCUUGCUAAUUGCCUAUAAUUUCCACCUGUUGUCUAUUCCAUUUGCACAACAGCAUGUGAAAUUUAUUGACAAUCAGUGUUGCUUCCUAAGUGGACAGUUUGAUUUCACAGAAGUGUGAUUGACUUGGAGUUACAUUGUGUUGUUAAGUGUUCCCUUUAUUUUUUUGAGCAGUGUAUAUAUAUAUAUAUAUGUACAGUUGAAGUCGGAAGUUUACAUACACUUAGGUUGGAGUCAUUAAAACUCGUUUUUCAACCACUCCACACAUUUCUUGUUAACAAACUAUAGUUUUGGCAAGUCGGUUAGGACAUCUACUUUGUGCAUGACACAAGUAAUUUUUCCAACAUUUGUUUACAGACAGAUUAUUUCACUUAUAAUUCACUGUAUCACAAUUCCAGUGGGUCAGAAGUUUACAUACACUAAGUUGACUGUGCCUUUAAACAGCUUGGAAAAUCCCAGAAAAUGAUGUCAUGGCUUUAGAAGCUUCUGAUAGGCUAAUUGACAUAAUUUGAGUCAAUUGGAGGUGUACCUGUGGAUGUAUUUCAAGGCCUACCUUCAAACUCAGUGCCUCUUUGCUUGACAUCAUGGGAAAAUCAAAAGACCUCAGAAAAUAUAUUGUAGACCUCCACAAGUCUGGUUCAUCCUUGGGAGCAAUUUCCAAACGCCUGAAGGUACCACGUUCAUCUGUACAAACAAUAGUACGCAAGUAUAAACACCAUGGGAACACGCAGCCGUCAUACUGCUCAGGAAGGAGACGCGUUCUGUCUCCUAGAGAUGAACGUACUUUGGUGCGAAAAGUGCAAAUCAAUCCCAGAACAACAGCAAAGGACCUUGUGAAGAUGCUGGAGGAAACAGGUACAAAAGUAUCUAUAUCCACAGUAAAACGAGUCCUAUAUCGACAUAACCUGAAAGGCCGCUCAGCAAGGAAGAAGCCACUGCACCAAAACCGCCAUAAAAAAGCCAGACUACGGUUUGCAACUGCACAUGGGGACAAAGAUCGUACUUUUUGGAGAAAUGUCCUCUGGUCUGAUGAAACAAAAAUAGAACUGUUUGGCCAUAAUGAUCAUCGUUAUGUUUGGGGGAAAAAGGGGGUUCCUUGCAAGCCGAAGAACACCAUCCCAACCGAGAAGCACGGGGGUGGCAGCAUCAUGCUGUGGGGGUGCUUUGCUGCAGGAGGGACUGGUGCACUUCACAAAAUAGAUGGUAUCAUGAGGAAGGAAAAUUAUGUGGAUAUAUUGAAGCAACAUCUUAAGACAUCAAUCAUGAAGUUAAAGCUUGGUCGCAAAUGGGUCUUCCAAAUGGACAAUGACCCCAAGCAUACUUCCAAAGUUGUGGCAAAAUGGCUUAAGGACAACAUAGUCAAGGUAUUGGAGUGGCCAUCACAAAGCCCUGACCUCAAUCCUAUAGAACAUUUGUGGGCAGAACUGAAAAAGCAUGUGCGAGCAAGGAGGCCUACAAACCUGACUCAGUUACACCAGCUCUGUCAGGAGGAAUGGGCCAAAUUUCACCCAACUUAUUGUGGGAAGCUUGUGGAAGGCUACCCGAAACGUUUGACCCAAGUUAAACAAUUUAAAGGCAAUGCUACCAAAUACUAAUUGAGUGUAUGUACAUUUCUGACCCACUGGGAAUGUGAUGAAAUAAAUAAAAGCUGAAAUAAAUCAUUCUCUCUACUAUUAUUCUGACAUUUCACAUUCUUAAAAUAAAGUGGUGAUCCUAACUGACCUAAGACAGGGAAUCUUUACUAGGAUAAAAUGUCAGGAAUUGUGAAAAAAUUAGUUUAAAUGUAUUUGGCUAUGGUGUAUGUAAACUUCAGACUUCAACUGUAUACAUACAUACACAUACAUAUACACAUACAUACAUAUAAAUACAUAUAUAUAUAUAAUACAUAUCCUUUAAAAAUAUAUUUCCUUUCAUUACUUUCCAACCACACCACCCCUUCCCUAAUUGGAGAAAACUAGUGAACAACAACACUUAGGCCUCUACUUCCAGCGUAUACAUACUAUAUACAUUUUAUGGACACAGUCAAUUUUACAAUAAUUAUAUUUUGUUUGUUUUUACACCUGAACUUCCUCUACCCUCAACCUCUCCGAUCAUUUUCAUGAUGUCCAUCUAGUUUGCUUCUAUAUGCCAUAUCUUUCUAACUGUGCCCUGUUGCUAAUGACUGGGACGAAUGCAAGAGAAGAUUACAGGAGCAGGACAAGACACCCUCUUUUUGACUGAUGACUGAUAGAAGGGCAUGUACGAGAUAGGCCUAUCUGGCUUAUAUGAUUAUGAAGGUCAUAAUGCUUUUUGACAGUGUAAUAAAGUGUAUUUCCUUAGUCCAAGUAAAGUGACACAAUAUGGUCAUAAUGCUUCAUGACAGUGUCAUAAAGUGUAUUUUCUACAAGUUAUUUAAAAUAUGAUGAAAUACACGACUGUAAACAACUAACAAAUAAUUUAAGAAACAAACUUUCAAACGAAAGGAAACUUCUUGGCAGGGAAACAACGAAUUUGAAUAAAUGUGGGUUUUGACACUCUUAUGUAGGUGUCAUAACCAGCCAUAAAAUAACACAAUAUAUGUCACAACAGGUGUAAAUAUAUGGGUCAUGACAGUGUUAUGACCCUAUUAUGACAGGUUAUGACAAGUUAUGUCAGCUGUUAUGGCAUAUUAGUUCAUGGUUAUGACCGUGUCAUAACGUGUUAUGGCACUGAGUGUCAAGUAAAGUGUUAGCCAUUGUUUAUAAACUCUUUGAAGGCUGAAUCCUAAUUUGAGAUUAGUAAGUGUAAAAAGUAGUUGAUGUCAAUGGGAGAUUUGCAUGGAUUUAUGCGUGCAUAUCUCAAGUUUGGUGACGACAGCACAUCACUGCUCCAACAAUUAUGAGAUUAUUGAAGCCUUCCUCACCUCCUCUGGAAUAUCUACUGCUGUCUGACUGCUAGAUAAAGGAUUAUCUUUCUGUGGGGUGAAUGAUCUCGCCCAUGUGCCUCAUGUAUUUCUGGGAGAGCUUUGUUAAUGGCACUGUAUUGAGUUUUCCCACUCAGCACAGGCUGGUUAGUGGUUAGGACUGCCACUGGGGAUGACUCUUGUAACACGUGCUGAAAGAUUGCCUGACCGUUUCCUGUGGCCUAUUGCAGCUGUGAAUUCCUAGUUGAUUGUCAUGUGAAUUCUGAAUUGAAACAUGUGGUCAACCUAAAGAAGUGGAAUAAAUGAUUGAAUCUAUGUAUUUAACAUUCUCAUCCAGCAUGUGUUGCUCUGACAAAGAGAUCUCCACUAAAGCUUGGACCACCAAAAAUCACAUUGUAAAUGUCCUCAUUGCUAAAGCCCCUGGUUCCCUGGCCUGUGUGUUGACCAGCUGCUUUCCUCUUCCUGUAGAUGUACGAGGUGUUCAAUGUCAUCAGAGACCUGGGAGCCAUCGCUCAGGUGCACGCAGAGAACGGGGACAUCAUUGCUGAGGUAACAGAGUUUCUAAUAAACCCUAUCACCUUGUCCCAGCUUGCCUUCUCCACUGGCCAAGCCACUAAAGCUGUUUUCUGAUGGAUUUGCAGGAGCAGCGUAAGAUCCUGGAGCUGGGCAUCACUGGCCCUGAGGGUCACGUGCUGAGCCGCCCGGAGGAGGUAACUACGACCUUUGGCCAAGUGCUGUGCUUCUAUUAG